AGAGAAAGUUUAUUACUAGUUUUUAGUGUUCGUAGACGCAAAUUAAGAUACAAAAUCAGUAAAAAUAUCAUAAUACUUAUUAAGUUGCCGCAUAAAAAAGGGCAUCAAAGUAGUUAUACAUAUACUAUUGAAAAACAGGAAUGAGUGCCAUCUGGGGCUGUGCCUGUCUGUAGCGAUUGAAGGUAUCCUAACAGAAAUAAAGACAACAGGAUGCCGAGGGGAGAGCAUAGGCCUAGCGUAUUGUUAAGCCGCGAGGAAAACGAACAAGUUUUCAGCCUCAUCGGACCGAAGUGCCAGAGCCUGGCAACGGCAGUAGUUCAGUUGUUUACGACCGAGGGACCAGCACAUUCUGAAUGGAAGAAGAAGGAUACGGGCAUACUGUGCUUGGUGAAGGACAACAGCAAGCGGUCGUAUUUCUUCCGCAUUUACUGCCUCUACAGGAAGGCAAUGAUAUGGGAACAUGAAGUGUACUUGCAGAUUGAAUAUAAACACCCGAGGCCUUAUUUACAUACAUUUGAAGCUGAAGACUAUAUGACUGCUUUUAAUUUUGCUAAUGAAGAUGAAGCUAAAAUCCUCAGAAAUAUCCUCAUUGAGAAGAUUGAAUUACGGAAGCAAAAGCGUGAAGAGCGACGGCAGCGUUCGAUGUUGGCGUCGCGCGCCAACAGCCAGCAGUCGGCGCGCCACAACGGCGUCCCGCCCGCGCCGCCCGGCCCGCCGCCCGCGCCCGCGCCCGCCCCCGCGCCCGCGCCCGCGCCGCACCACGCGCCCGCGCCGCACCACCAACCCGUGCAUGCACCGCUCAAAUCUAUAUCCUCUGGUAUGCUGAAGAAUACCAGCAAGAAACCAAAGAUGAGAAAAAUCACAAAAGCUGACAUUGGAAAUCCACAAGACUUCAAGCACAUAUCACACGUCGGAUGGGACGCUAAUAAAGGUUUCGACUUGGACAACCUGCCGGAGGAAGAGAUGCGGUCGUUCUUCUCGAUGGCGGGCGUGUCCGCGUCGCAGCUGGAGGACUCGAGCACGCGGCAGUUCAUCUACGACUUCAUCAAUGAGCACGGCGGCGUCGACGCCGUCAAGGAGGAGCUGCACAAGCCCGACCCCGCGCCCGCUCCAGCGUCGCGCGCGCCCCCGCCGCCGCCGGCGCGCGCCGUGCCGCCGCCGCCGCCCGCCGCCUCCCGCAACCCGCCGCCGCCGAGACCCAUACAACCACCGUCGAGUGCGCCCCCGGCGGUGCCGCCGCCGCCGCCGCCGACGCAGCCUCCGUCGGGCGCGCCGCCGCCGCCGCCGCCUGCGCCCCCGCCGCCCGCGCCCCCCGCCCCGCCGGCGCCGCCCGCCCCGCCCGACGCUGCUGUGCCGAUGGACGCAAGAGCGGCGCUCAUGGAGAGCAUUCGCAGUGGAAACAAGGCCUUGAAGCACGUGGAAGCCGGGGCCAAGCCGCCCGCGGAGGACAACCGGAGCAACCUGCUCAGCGAGAUCCGGCAGGGCGUGGAGUUGCGAUCCGUGUCUCGGGCGGGCAGCACCGGCGCGGCGCCGGCGGGCUCGGGCGGCGCGUCGGGGCUGGCCGUGGCGCUGCGUCGCGCGCUCGACGAGCGCUCGCGCGUCAUACACUCCUCCGACUCGGAGGACAGCGAGCCCGCCACCAGCGACGACGACUGGGACUAGCCGCGCCCGCCUCGACUCUCAGCGCGCAUCGACACGCUUGCCAAAUGCCUAACGACAAACACGAACGUGCGGGGUGAUGUUUGCCAGUGAUCGGCAAUAUCGGUAUUUUGUUUUUUCACAAAUUAAAGGAAUUUUCGACAAACAGACGCGUUCGCCAAGCGUGGGGAUGUCGUGUUUGUGUUCGGUGGUGUUUGCAAACAGCAAACUUGUGGAGCCGCUCUAAAAUAUUCCAUAUUUUUUUUUUACAUUCUACUUUUACGUCCCACUAUUUCGGCGAAUAUCAAACAGUCGCUUGAUAUAUCUGAGGUCAUUUUUUAGAGCUUUAAUUAGAUCGCACAAUUGUGCUGUCUGUUAGAAAGAGAAACACGUACUUUUCACUUAUUCCAAUGGAACCUUCAAAUUAUUUUUUUUUCCGAUUCUACGUUAAUAUAAAUUACUAAUAUUGUAGGCUCUAAGAUACCAAUUUCAAACCGAACGCGGUCAAUAGAGAAAGGCAGUAAUUAACAAAAUGUACAGUCAACUAAUUGGAACCAGUGACGUUAUAAUAUAAAUCAGAUUGUAAGAAAUCUCUUACUGCUUGUCAUUUUGACAUGGUUGUAGAGUGGCCUAGUGGUGGUGGUUCCUAUUGGUUGACCGUACACUUUGAAGUGUGACCUGUGUUUGGUUGGCAUGAUUUCAUAAUAUAACCUAACAAUAGUAAUAGAAUACAAGGAACAAGAAACUACAAAAGGGACUGUUUGGAACACAAUGUUUGACUCCGUAUAUCAAAAGUCCCUGACCGUAGCGUUUGAGUUACGGGCGGAAGGUGAUUUUUCAGUUUUUAGAUUAUUUAUCGGAAAUGUAUGGUAUGACACUUUUACAAUUCCUUCUACUAGGACGUUCAAACCAAAAUACGGGGUCAAAAUCUAUGUUCCAAUCAUAUCAGUCAGUUAUAAUUAAUUAUAAGCAUUCGUUGCCUGGUUCAGAAAUGAAAUCAGGCGUUGGGUUUGUAUGUAGAGGUAAGCUGUACUGUAUGUUUAAAUAUUUAAUGUGUAUACAAUGUACCUAAAUUGUAGAAAAAUGACUGACAAAACAAUCGUGAUUUUAUCAUUAUAGAAUUUUGUCAUACAUACGAUUAUUUCCAGUUUUUGGUUAAUUUUGUCUUUGGCAUAAAGAGUAAUAGUAUUAACACCACAAAUUUACUAAAUACAUUGAUAAAAUUUAUGUGUAUAACCAAAAUAGAUUGCACAUAACCAAGAUGCGCGAGGAGGAUAUUUAGUAUCAUUUCCAUCUGUUUCCACGCGAAAUCACAGACUGGAAGUAAGCGCACUGUACCUGAGGAGGUGUCGCCCGCUAGAGAGAGGCCCCGCCGCGCGCCGGCGCCGGCACACAACUCGACACGUCUAUUACAGACCUUCAUUUCAAACUUUGAAUUCACAUUCACAUUCUUACUUUGUUAACCUGGUCUCUGUCAUUGUCAUUCGCCUCUCUCUAAAUCGCGAGACCUAAUAUCAUGUGAUGUAGAUAUUUUAGAUUUAUUCAAAUUGAGAUACCAUCAACACGCCUAAAAACCUUACCUGACAUAAGUUUUUUGGGCGUUGAUAGAGCACACGUUUACGUGCAGUUAAUACACUGUUGUACAGUUCAACAAUAGGUUUCCAAUUCAUUAUUUUUCCUUAUCUCCUUGCAAGUGUGGAGAAAAGCACUGUAAACCGGCAGACAAGUAUGGUAGCGCGAUAAAUGAUAAAACAUCAGGCCGUCCCUAUCGAACUUACAAAUAGUGUGAUAGGGGCGGCCUGAUGUAUGUAUUAUCAUUUAUCGCGCGACCAUGCUUGCCUGCCAGGUUACGGCAAUCCAAGGCUUGGAUUUUGCUGCUUUAACAUGUACAGUCAAUAGUAAAAAUAUGGGUGUACCAAAGUGGCACAAAAUUAUGUAGCUUUCAUUCGUCGUCAUAAGAACUAUGGGGCAUAUUUUUUUAAAUUGGUACAGUUUUCUACAGGCUCGUGCCUCGUGCUGACUUGAUCCGACACCUGUUAUUAUGAGUAAUAACGCUCAAUUAAUGUCACUGUUCAGCAAUGUAUUAACGUCGAACCUUCUAGAUAAAAUGUUGGGACCCCUAUAAGGGAAACUGUCUACAUAUUUGUGAUCGUGACUGUACGUGAUACAUAGUUUAGCUUUGAUCGGACAAUAGAAGAGUCUUGUUUUAAUAUGUAAGUAAAGGCCCAUUGAACUCAAAUUUAAAUGGGCAUCCACCUAAGAAUAGAAAACAUUUUCCUUCUGAUCUAAUUAUACAUAAUCUUAGAUCAAAUGAAACUAUUUUCUCAUAGCUCGAACACUUCCAGCUUAGAACACUUGGAUGUAUUGGUAAUUUUUUCUUUGUAUAUGACAUUCAUUUAAUGUCUAAUUAUACAUUUAAAAAAUGAACAUAUUCUAUUUAGCAUUACAUUAGUCAAGUGAAAAAGGAAUGCUCAAUAUAAUUAGUACAUUUUCCAGCCGUUGCAAUAAUUCGCGUUUCGCGAGUCACUUCUGCCACUAAUUGCUGUGUCAUCUUGCGUGCUCCUGCGCUGCCAUGCAUAACAUUAGAAAACCAUACAGCUGGAAUACCAUGACACUCAGGUUAACUAAACGGGUCGAUUGCCGCGUCCUAUUUUUGGCUGUACUAACAGUCGAGAUAGCAACUAUAAUUUUAGUAUCGGCGAUAGAUGAUGUAAAAAUUGUUUUAUCGGUUUCGUAUCUUUUUGCUAUGGGAUUACAGUCGCCAUGUGAAAUCGACUACACAGCGCUAAGGCGCUUUUUUAAUUUAUUACGUGCAACCUUACAUUAUUAGUCAAUAACAAUAUAAUUAAUUGUUAUCUUUUUAGUCGGCAACCAUAGUCAUUUUAUGGUUUAAGUUAAGAUAUUUAUUAGUGUAACUAUUGUAAAGUGUCGAAACGCAUUAUCUAUAUACACCUAUAAGGCAUUUCAGGCAUUUGGUGUCUUGUGCCAACUAUCGUUAAUGUACGAUUCUUAUCGAGCCGGGUAAAAGCGCCUUAUGUACAAGCCAUAGUGUGACGUGAAAGAUACCGUAGUAGAAUGUCUAUAGUGGCGGGACUAGAGGCGGUAACGGGAGUAAUCAUUUUCGUUUGCUAGGAGUCUACCACUCGGACGCCAAUCUUCAGUAGAGUAGAGCUUGCGCGGAAAGAAAAGAACUAGUUCCCAAAGGUGUAUUUUCCCGCACAGAUUCAGAAUACGUGCCUCCACGUUUUUAGCGCAAAUUGUUUCCUCAUUUGUUUCCAAUGCCUUUUUAACCCCCAACGCAAAAACGAAGGGGUGUUAUAAGUUUGACGUGUCUGUCUGUCUGUUUGUCUGUCUGUCUGUGUUUGUGUGUCUGUCUGUGGCACUGGCACCGUAGCUCCCGAACGGAUGAACCGAUUUAGAUUUAGUUUUUUUUUGUCUGAAAUCGGUCCACUAUGUCGUUGUCGGGGGUUUUUUCAAAAUUUUAAUUUUGUGGUUAGGUUAUUGUUUAUCCAGUUCCAGAACAGCAUCCAGAUUUAGUAUGACAAUUGACAAUACAUACAGUAUGGGAAUAAGGGCUGGCGCUGGCCGAUAAGUGUUGCACAUUACGCUAUUGCAUUAUGAUCAAUUUACUAGUAUCAUGACCAGUCUUAUAUUGCUUAUCUUAUAGCUUGUAUCUUUCGAUUUCAAGUUGAACUCGUUUGGAGAAAAUAAUCAAUAUUAGGACCAUAGAGGUAAUGAUAAUAAUUGAUAAGCAUAAAAUAUCGUUUUGUACCUUGUUUAUGUGCGUUUGUUUUGAAUAAUAAUGUAUAGGGAAUAAGGUAUUAGGUACCUAAUCUCCGAACGAGUUCAGUUUAAAAAGAAAUAUCUGAAUUAAGUAUUAAGGAAACUAUCACAAAUAAAAUGCUGAAAACCUGCAAAAAUAUGUAGUAAAGCAGAGUACAUUGUAAAGUCAUCCUAGAUAAGUGGUUUAUGCAGUAAUGUUACCACCAGACAUCGUAACUUUUCCAGCAAUUUCGGUGCAGUAUGGUAGAAAUAAAGGAAUUCAUUCGUGUUUUCUAGGUAGAUGGUCAAUUAAGGCUCAUUUUACUGUUAGGUAUUAAUCCUAAUUAACGCAUUCACUGCCACCCUCUUUUCCUAAGGUGCCACACUUUGAUGUGUCCCAUACGCACACGUGAGUUCAACCGACCAUUACCCAGUGCCUGCAACGCACAUAUGAGUUCAUACUAAUUAGCCGGGACCACAUGCACAGAGCGAGAAACGCGUAUAUGCGUUGGUGGCAGUGAACUAUUCCAGCUGGCUUCAGAGUCCAUAAUUCGGACAUAUAGGUACAGUGUGGAAAGUUAAGUCGGGGCCUGGAGGGGAACUACCUUUACCCCCUUAUUCAUAAACGUUCACUAAAGUUAUCAAGCCGAUAAAGUUUUUGUCCCUUUCCGACGUAUUAGUUUGAUAAAAAGGGACAAACGAACUUUAUCGGCCUGAUAACUUUAGUGAACGUUUAUGAAUAAGGGGAUAGAUCUUUAAGCUGGCUCAUUUUACUUAAAGAAGACAUUCCUUUAUUUGUAAAAAGAAAAAACUGCAUUCAUAGAUUUCGAAAACUCGCUUGCCUCGACCGGGACUCGGAACUAACUAAAAUACAAUUUUAAAAAAACACUCGCUAUUUUAUUAUUAUAUUUAUUAUUCAGGAUAAAAUAUCUCUAAUAAACAUUUAGUUUUAAAAAUAAAAUUGAUCGUUAAACCUAAGAUUAACUUUAUUUUACUAUCGAUUGCGACAGCGAGUUUUAGAAAAUCUUUAAAUGCAAUUUUGUUUAUUUUUAAAAAUAAAGGAAUGUCUUCUUUAAGUAAAAUGAGCCAGCUAAAGGAUUUAAGGUAGGUUCCCUCCAGGGCCUGACUUAUCUUUCCACCCUAGAUAUUCCUUUAACGCGACAAUGCUGUACCUAAAUCGCUGGAAAGGAAAAGUUACGAUGUCUGGUUACCACCAUGCCGGCCCUUUAUUAAAAUCUAUAAUAAUAUGAUCCAUUAGAAAUCGUUUGCAUAUAUCAGGAAAUCAUAGAUAUUUAAACUGUAAAAUUCAUCUUCCAAAUUUCGUUAUUAGAGGGAAAGGGUACACUAGGCCCUGUAACAACAUUAGAGGCAUAGAAUAUUUUUAUACAUUGUAGCAAGAAAGAAGAAAUAGUAUGUACAGUAAUUACAGCAGGAACAAGGAUAAAUUGCGACUUAUCAAGCCGGAAAUUCUACCACAAUAAAGGUAUCGAUACUAUUGAUUAGUUGAUUUUUGUGUGGUUUCUACAUAUUUUUGCAGGAAAACGGAACGCGGUUUGUUUACAAUAUUUAGUCAAGCAAGUAUUUAGGUUAUACUUGUUUGUGCAAUAAUAAGUGGAUACGCUCUAUUUGACCUCCAGCGCGCCUGGAGAGCGGCGUUGCCGUAAGCCGCAGCCGCUCGCGUCACCAUUCCAUGCUAUUCUUGCUGGUUAAUGCAGGAAUGAGAUCAAAAUAACUAUUAGAGGGUGCGCACACGGGCGAAUUUUUUGUCUCAUCGGUGUGUUUCUAUGAAAAGUUGCGUCGCAUCGUAGGCGGACUUUAAUACUAGCCCGUAGACCGAUGGGGUGAGCGACAAAAAAGACGCAGCCAAAAGUCGCCCGUGUGCGCACCCUCUUACUAAGAAUUUAUAUGUAUAGUAGAUUUAAACAUUGAAUAAAAAGCGCAAAGCUAUUUUUAUAAUAUUAAUGUUUUCCAUUGUUAUUUGUAAUAUUACCAAUUGUAUCUUACGGGCAAUUUGACUAACAAAUCAUGUUAUUAUCGCAUGUAACACUAUGUUGACUAAAUAAAUAUUGAUUAAUUUAAAUUA